CAACUUGUCACAUUUGUCACUCAAGAUUGUCAAGUUUGUUUUCUCCUUCAUUCUCUUUUACUUUAUUUUUGUUGUUUAUUAGGCCGAAAUUACUGAUUUAUUAUGUAUUGUUAAAAUAUAAUGCGUUAAAUUCGCAUUGCAUAAAAAUACUUUACAAUGACUCGGAGAAUAGUGGGCUGGUUUGGCCUUAUUUCGAUUAUUGUAACGGGUCUGUUCGGUGUCGGAUGGUAUUUGUGUUUUCUUACAUUUUUGUUGACUUUUAUUAUUGGAAUAUUGACCGUUUUAUAUUUAACUUAUGAUGAGAAAAAAAUAUUUUCUGUAGAUUUGGAUACUAUUGAUGAUCCUUUGCGAGAAAUAAACUUUUCCAUCCAAUUGUCUAAGGUUAUAGAGUUAUUUAAAAAGGACAUUGUAUUGCCAAAAUUUGAUAACAGAAUUACUGGCAGUGACUCAGUAGACACAUUUAUUAAUGAAAUUAUCAUGAUCAUUAUAAAUGACUAUGUGACCCCAUGGUAUGAGGUUUUGACAAAUGAUGAAGAAUUUACAACACAUGCCAUAAAACGUUUGGUGCUGGCCACAGGUGUUAAUGUAGCAAAUAGAGUAAAAAACGUGGAUUGGAUCCACAUUCUAGCAACUAAAUUCCCUGAAGAAUUAACCACACAUUUGAAGCUAUUCAAGCAGUCACGAGUGAGAUUAAAGCACAUACAGUUAAUGAAUGCAAAAGAAGUUGCAAAUGGAAAUUCUAAGUCAAGUCCAAAGAAGCAAGAUGAGAAAAAAACACACAGAAGAAAUAAAAGUGACACAGAUUUAUCCUGGCCACCUGAUUCUCAGACAUUUGGAAAAUCCAAAUUUUAUGACAGCACAGAAAAUAUAAGUCAGAAAAGCUUAAUAGAUUUGUUUUUUGACUUAGAAUUUUCAAUAGAAAAUAGACAAAUAUGUAGAGAUAUAUUUUGUACUGAUACUGAAAAAGAGUAUGCGUUAAUAUGUGAAAUAUCUGAAGCAGUUUUAUAUUUGGUGACACCGGAAGAGGUAUGGAAGUGCCACGCACUAAAGUUGAUUCUAAGAGACCUGUUAUCAUCAGUUGUAAUGAGGCCAUUGAUCAAUCUAUUGAGUGACCCAGACAACAUAAAUAGAACUAUUAUCAGAACUUGUUGUCGGGAUUCCACACUGCCUUCAGAGUUGUUCCUAUUAGUUAUAAGAUGCUGUGGCGAUGCGGAAGAAUUAGACGCAACUUUAGAACUGGUUCAGAAGGACAUACAAAAACUUCAUUCUAAAGACAGUGCUGGUGAAUGGGAGUUGCAUGAUCGUCAAAAGCUGUCGUCGUUGCAAUAUUUAAGUAGGAUAAUUCAAGCCAGAAGAGCAACAUUGGGACCACAGGAAGGUGCCACAAAUAAUAGCAAUACGGAAAAAGUAACAGAAGAAGUAGCAAGAUCGUUGAAAUUUUUAAGAGCCACCACUACCUGGAGAUCUAGCGCCCAAUAUUUACUUGAUAUAGAGCUAAAUGAAGCAGAUGCAACGCAUACGUCCAAAGCGGUGCUAGAUAACCUCCGUUCGUCAGCAUUGGAAUUGUGCGAUCUAUUCCUAGCACCGAACCGUCCCCCAGUAAUGGGUAUACCGGAGAACUGUUAUUCAGAACUAGUGAGAAAGAUUAACACCGAAGGAGAGGACUUUACGAACAAUCCAGUGAUUUGCUUCGAAGAUGUCCAGAAAUGCGUGUGCGACGCUUUAGAGGAUGAUCCGUCAUGGCAAGCAGAUUUUAUGAUGGAUGCCGAAGAGGCUGCAGAAAAAAACAAUAUAGAAUACAAGAAAGAGGAGAAGAGUGAUAAGAAAUAUAGUGGGGAGUUUAUGACAGUACCAGGGAUGAGACACAACAGGUCGCGAUCAGACAUAGUAGGAAAUAUAGCACAAAGGUUGAUCAACGAAAGUGCAGGUCCUUCGAAUUUAACCUCGGCUAAUACGAGUAAUUUAUCACUUUCGCAUUCUGAAAUUAGUCGGAGUACGAAAAACAUGAUGUCGCCCUUGUCUGCAUCCAUAAUCGAAACUGCUCUUGUGCAAGACAAAGGAAAAAGUUUCGGCAUAUAUGCAAUAGCUGUCACCCGACAGUCUGAUAACGAAAUAUGGCACAUAUACAGGAGAUAUAGCGACUUUUAUGACUUGCACACUUCCAUCAAAGAAAAGUGGCCCGAGCUGGCCAAUCUUCCGUUUCCGGCGAAGAAAACCUUCCAGAACACAUCCCGGUCAGUGCUGGAGAGUCGUAAGAGGAUGCUGAAUAGCUACCUCCAGAGGUUGGCUAAUCUCGCUCGCCAAACUCAAUAUAUGACUCUGCUAUCUCCAGACUACUUGGGAGGCUUUUUGAGUCCUGAAAUACAGACGGAGAAGCAUAUCAAUGCUCUCGAUGCGCUGUUUGUGAAUCCGUUGAAAGCAGGCAUGAGGACAUUGAAGAAUAUGCCGGAUCAAUUCGUUAACACCGUGGAUGGCGUUAUGGAUGGUAUUUCCAAAGUGUUUCAAGGGAAGACUAAUGAAACUUCGUAUGAUGGUAUGAAGAGUAGCAAUUCGUCGGACGGUCAAGAUGAUAGCGAUGAAAGUGUGGCAUUGCGGUUACUUGAAGAAGUGCUCGGUAUAAGAGGACUCUGGCUUCGUCGAAGAUUGCUUGCGCCACUAAGAACCCUCAUAGCUGAUCGAGUGAACAAAAAAGUCGUUGAGCUCGUGUCUUCGUUAACUUCACGAAAAAACGUAGUGCAGUAUUUGAAAUCAUUUAAGCAAUGGCUUACAAAUAGACAGAAUACUAACUACAGCAAUAGGGAUGCGGUAACAAAGGCUCGAACGAGAGUAGCCGCUAAAGUUGCGCUUCUUUCGGCGUGUUCAGACGAAUUACGUCACAUAGUGGGGUCAGACGCGGCGCGGCGCGGCCUCCUCACAGUGUUCGAUCUGUGCCAAACGCAGGAGAUCAACAGGCGGCUCAUAUUCGUGCUGUUAGAAGUGAUAAUGUCCGAUUUGUUCCCGGAUAACAACGUUCAAGAUCUGUUCAGAAGAUUGUAUUCAAAUUCACCGCGAGUGCCCGUAGCUAAGAAAUCGGUUAAUAUAUGAAGGCUUACUCCGUUUGAGUUUAUGAACCAAUUUAAGCGUUAUGUAGUUAUGUCAAGGUCUCGAUUUUGAACGCAGAACAAUGAUUGCAUUUCACCUUUUCACUUUUUACCUUUUACCGUAGUUUGUAUUGAAGUAUAAAAUUACCUACUGUAUUGUUCAAAUAAAUAUAAUGUCAUAAAAGUCACGUGUUGAUAAAGUAUAGCAAAGAAAGUGAAAGCAUUAACUAUAAAACUUUAAAGUUAAAUUUACUUUUCUGAGUACGUGACUGUAAGGCACGAUAAGAAUUAUUGGUAGAUUGACUAUCGGCGGUAAUUUAACAAUUACUAAAAUUUCUCGCAGAUGUUUCCAAAAACCUAUACCUACGUAUACUAUAUAUAACGUUCAGAAUUUAACUUAAUUUCGAAGCUAUUUUCCUCCACAUUGGGACUAAAAAUAUAUAAUUUAAAAUUUAAUUAAUAGUUGUGCAUCAUGAUCGAGACCAGUGCCGUUUGUAUUACUCUUUAAGUAUUUUUAAGACAACAGGUUGUUUUAUUAGUGUAUUAUGAAAUAGAGUAAAAUUAUCCAAUUUCAUUUACUUUAUAUUUAACUAUAAUUAAAAUACAUUAGACUCUUGACUGUCAUUGAAAAGCAAUUUCUUUGGUAGCUACAUUUAAGGGCACUUACGUAUGGUGUUCACAAAACCGUACUUUAUUUGUACCUUAGGAACAUAAAAUUUCAAGGCUAACAUUAUUUUUAAAAAUAUUGAAAAUGUAAUUAUAUAUAGUACUAUAUUUAAAUUAUACUUAUUUGUCGUAGCGUUGAUUCGUCAUUAAAUUUUGUGCCAAUAAGACUAUUGUAACUCCAAUUUUGAUUGGCUUGCGAACGUGAUAUUUUGUGUACCUAACAUUGAAUAAAUUACUUUACACUUGCGUAUAUGUACAUAUUUUUUAUACCUAAUAUAUAAUACGUACACCAAAUAGCUAAAUUUACAAUUUUAAAAUUUAAUGGUUAUUGUAUAUAAUAUUGGAAAGAAAGCUUUUGUAUAUUGUAUACUCAAUUAGCGUUCAGUUGACUUCUCAUAUCUUAAAUUAGAGAUAUUUUAAUUUCAAGAAAUGAUUACUUGAUUUUCAAUAAAUCAUAUACACACAAAUAAUUGGAAAAAUGUAUCUAUAUAUAUACAGUAGUAAAACCCGUUUAAUACGACCACGCUUAAUACGAUUCCUCGCAUAAUACACCAUUUGGCGUCAGUCCCUACAACAUGAGACAUGUUUUCAUACAUUUCUCAACGCUUAAUACGAUUCGUCAUCCCGUUCAAUACGCCUAAAUCGCCAACACGAUUGACGUGACGACUGUCGAGCGACACACGCUACGCGGCCACCAGGGUUUUCCCGAAUAUCCUUCCAUUGAUGACAAUGUGGCACCGUAUAAAAUUCAACGAGAAUGUGAAUAACACACAAGAAGAGGCCCUAAGUGAUAAUGAUAAAGAAGAAGAUGAGUCAACUCCGAUUUUGUCACACGCCCAUGCAAUAUCAGCAGUUAAUUAUUUAAGACGCUAUGUAACUUCUUUGAAUCGAAGCGAAGACGCACUGUAAAAGUUAAAUUAUAUUGAAAACCUUGUAACUGCUAAUGCCACAAAAUCUUUUUGACAAAGUUAUAUAAAUGAUUAAUUUAAAUAACCUAAUAAUAAAUAAUAAUACACGACAUUUUUUAUUACAUAUAUAAUUCUUAAAUAUUGUACAUUUAAUACCUACAUUACAUAUUUCCCUAUCCUGCAUAAAACGCUUUCCUGCUUAAGACGCGUUUUUGGUUGAGUCCCUUUGAAAUUGUCUUAAACGGGUUUUGCUGUAUUUUACAAUAUUAUUAUGAGCAAGCAGCUAACGCGCAAGUGACAUAUAAUUGAAGUGUAUAAAAAUGGCUAGUUAAUAUGCGUUUAUAACGCAAAAAUACCAAAAUUAUAGUAUAGCCAUAAUGGUUUCUUUAAUGUUUUGGAGUAAUUUAAAUAUUAUUCAAACGUUUAUCCAAUGUAUAUUUUUACUGUCACUAAGUAUUAUUUGAACAUUUCUACUACAAUGUAUUAAGUGGCGACUGUACAUAACCUAUAAUUGACAUAUAUAUAUACGUGAAUUUAUUUUAUUCUCUUUAUGGAACGUACGAAAAGUGAUUGAUUACUUAAAUUUGUUUAAAGAAAUUAAAUAGUUUAUUGCCAUUAAAGUAACUUUUAUAUUCUUAAUAAGACUAGCGGUAUUCGCUAUAGUGCCAUCUAUUGACAUAUUUGUCAAACUAUUUACGAUGAUAUGAUAUUGUGUCUCGUUAUAUAGGAAGAAAAUUCCGAAUUUCGAUUAUCUAUUGUGUUUUUGGUAGAGCCAUACAUAGCUUUCAGUAAUUUCUGUUUUUGUUUAUUCAUUAAUGAUAAAAUAUUAUCUAAUGUUUUUUUUAUAUUUUUAUUUUCAAUUGCUCCCACAAAUAUGAUAUCGUUUUUGUAUUGACUGCAAAAUUAGAGUUUCUAAUAAAAAGUAAUGCUUUGUUUUUGUUAAUUACUAGAUAUGAUUUUGAGUUUAAAAAGAGCAUUUUUUUUGUUUAGUAUACCAGGUGUACGUAAUUAAUGAGAUGGCAGAUGAACGUCGGGUUUCACAGAUAUUUUGUAACUUCAUACUUGUUAAAUGCUAGUUACAUAAAUUAAUAUGAAUUAAGAAUUGAUCAGGAACCCAUCUAGAAGAUGUGUCUAUUAGUAGGUCGUGAAACAUGCCCUCAUGAAGUUAUAAUUAUACAGUCAAAAGUAUUUAUUGCAAGUACAGAUUUAAAUUUAUUGCUAAAUUGAUGGAAAUCUAAGUACCUUUUUGUGCCUACCAAUAUGUAUAACGAUUGUUUAAAUUAACCUUAAAAUGAUUGUAUAGUAUUAUAUAUUAUAUGAACAUAGUAAAGAUUGUACAUUUAUAUAUUUAAAAGUAGUAUAGUUGUGGCCACGAUUGUGGGUUAGUCAGAUUGUAAAUUAUAAAGUAUCACAUAACGGCUUACGGUGGAAAAUAGAACAGUACCCCUAGCACGAACCAUUAUCGAAUUCGAAUAGUUUGCAAACCGAAAUGUCAAUGUCAAAUUUUGUAUGGAAACUUGAACAGCAGCGGCACAAAGUACGUAACGAGAACUAAAAAGCAGUACAUUUCGUACUCGCAAACGAAACGAAUUCGAUAGGGGUACAGAUUUGUAUUACGGCGGAUCGACGAUCAAACUGAUGACAUUACAGCCAAAUGAAAGUCUUGUACAAAAUGUUAUUAAAUAAGGCAGCUGUAAUAUUAUUAUUAUUGAACAUUUAUUACUGAUAUUAAUUAUUAUUAAUAAUCUUUGAUGUAAGUAACUACACACUUAAAUCUUUGUUAGUAUAUUAGUAAUUUAUAAUUAAAUGGGUCAGUAGCUGCUUCUUUGGUAGUUUUUAGUAGGGAGCGCAAGCGGGAAUUUCAGGAUUUGCUCGCGCGCGGCAUUUUUCAACACUCGCAGCGCUGCCUACCAUGACAGUAAUAAUGUAGUUAUUUCAUUCUUUUUAUUCUCGUAGUAAAACCUCCUGAUAAACGUGCCUUAGACUUUAUAUAAUUAAAACCAAAGAUUUAAAUCGUUAGAUACGCUCUUACCAUAGCUUGACUGCACCGAAAUAUCUCUAUACUCGCUGAGUGAGCUCACACAUCUUUGAUCAGUGUUCAUCUGAACACAGUGACUGUUAGAUGUUGGUAAUUAAAAUACUGCAGUGCUCUUUUUCGAGAAAAGUGUCUCAAAAUGCCGUCGUGUGCCUUCCGAUAAUGCACUAACAUAAAGGUUUUUUUUUUAAUUAUAUUUAUUUUCUUUCGUUGUCAUAAGUAUUGAAAUUUCAUCGGACAGCCCAUGACAGAGAAAGUCGUGUUGGAAAUUACUGCAAGACAAAAAUAGACAACACUGUCCUCUAGGUCCCGCGCUUUACGUUAUGAUGUUUGUACACUUUUACUUACUUAGUUUCUUAAAAAAUACUCCUAAAUUUGAAAGUACUAAUUACUGUUCUUCAAAGUCAUUUUAGUGACAUAUUUGAGCACUUAGUCAUAAAAUUUAUCAAUUCGGUAAUUUUAGGGCAUAGAAUUUAAAUAUUACAAAACUAUAUUAUAUUUAGGACUUACUAUAGGCUAUGGUACCGGACAUUUUUUCACUUUUAAGACAAUUACCAUAUCAUUUUAAGCAUAAAAACAACGCUAUUCAACAGAAUCUCUAAAAAUUAAGUAAUUUAAAUUAAUUAAUUGUAUUUUAUAAUAAUUUAAAAAUUCAUUAGGAGCUGUUAUUGGUAUAUCACACAAAUUAAUUUAUUAUUAUAUAUAAAAGAGUCAUGUUUGAUGAACACAUAACUCAAGAACGGCUGGACCGAUUUUAAUGAGCUCUGUUUUGGUAUAAGUCUCUGGUUGGACGAUUCAAAAGAGUUGUAGUAUACAUCCAAUUUGAAUAAAGAUAUAUUGAUUUCUGAUGGUCCGAAUAGUAGAAUAACUACUUAUUUAAAUUUCGGAAAAAUUACAGCAAAAAUUUAUGCAGAAAUUUGUUUUUAAAUUAUUCUGCUUUCUUCUACAAUUGACAUUUCACGUCACGCAUGUGUUUAGCAUAUUUGUUUUGCAAAUCAGUAACUACAAUAGAAAUCAAAAGCAACAAAUAUGGGAAAAUAAAUCCAGAGUGUUUUUGUAAUUUAAAGAGAAUACUCUGAUCAUGCAACGUGUCUUGCAAUGCCUGCUGAUAUUUUGGCAAGGAAACGAUGGGUAUAACUUCAAUAUUGUAAGUAACAAUAUCAUAGUUUUGGUUUCAACAUGACAUAUUUAAAAAUAUGAAACCAUUCCUGAUUUCCUAAGAAGUCUUAAGGUAUAUUAUUAUUUGAAAUUGACCUAACGAAACGGCCAUCAUCAUCAUAUCGUCAUUGCAAAUUAUGGCCACAGUUUUUCGGUGUCCGGGCAUAUCUAACGAUGCAAAUCUUUGAUUUAAGCACCAUUUUUACGUCGCGCCGUAAUAGAAAACUUUUUUUAAACACUGCUGGCUGUUACUUACAGCAUUGGACUACAAAAGUAGGUCUUAAUGUUACGCGUUAAGGCUAUUUUAAUGUGAAAUCGUAUCAGCUAAAGUGGCUUUGACUAUACUUAAGAAAUCUAUUACAGCUUUACUUGAACAACGAAAAGUAAUAACAAUGGAUAAUAAUUAUUCAAAUUUACUAAUAGUAGCAUGUUUUUGGUUUUUAAAUUAUUCUCAUUUUGGAUUUAUCAGUAUUAUGUCCAAAGUCUCGUUUUUUGACUUUACAAAAAUUAAAUAAUAUAUUUCUUUUUUUGUAAUAAAAUUAUUUAUUUCAUACAUAAUAACUCUAAAAUUAAAAUUAAUCAUAUUUUGUAUAUUUUUGUGUGAUUACGAAUGAUUUUCUUUUUUACCGCUGGAGUUGUAAAAUCCAUGUUUAUGGUAUAUGCUAUGGUAAAAGCGAAUUAUGUGUUAACAUUAUAAAUCAUUAUUAUUAUAAUUAGUAACAAGCAAUAACUGUAGUAGUUAAAAAAAGCACGCGAUCAUGUACCGCGUAGUAGGUAGAUGUGUUUUUCAACAUAUAAAAAUAAUUAUAUAUUGAAGUAUAAAGGGUGUGAAAAUGUAUUCGAUAAAGGCAUACAUUAAAUCAAUUAUUACGAAAAAAAAAACAAUUUAUCUGUAGAUGACUUUACUUCUACAAGGGCCUUAUGUAUCAGUAAACUGUUUAUUAUUUUUAUAUAAACCUUAUUGGCUAAUUUCGAUAAGCCUCUUUGGCUUUAUAUAUGAACUAAUGCUGUAAAUUAAAAUAUUUUUUGAGUAGUCUAUAUAUAAAACUAUGUAGGUACAUAUUAUGAUUUCGAAAAGUAAAUUACCAGUAGGGCUGAUCUUCAAUGUCUCCUUACCAAUUGUUUUGACACAAUAUAAACCCUACGUUGAGAAUUAAUGUAGCACCCUGUAUAUGCGUAUAAUACUAUCUAGUCGCGUGCCCUACCUACUUAAUAUGUACUCAUUAUUUUCAGACCAAUUUUGGUUUGACUCAUACAUAUCAGUUAGUAAUAGCUUCUUGUAUUACUGAUAUAGCAAAUUAAAGCAUAUAUUUAUAACAUUCCAAAUGUUCAUAUUAGGGAAUUUCAUUAUUUAUUGUAAUAUAAGUUGGUAAGUAUUUAUUUGGUUAGUUUAAUAAAAAAUAAUUCAAAUUAAA